AUGCCAUUGUAUUAUACGCACACCAACACCAAUCCAACAGCAACAACCAGAUGGACGACAGAAGGCAAGGAAGCCCCAGAGGAAGAGCCAGUCGUGGCUGGGAUCCAGAAUGGCACGACAGGGGAAGACCAACAACAACAGAUCCAAUCAGUCGAGCCCACUCUGACUCCAUCCCCAGUCUCCUCCUCCACCACCACCACCGAACAACAACAACCCCUGCUUCCCUUCUCCCUCGCCUCACGCUUCCAACUGCUCGAACAGCCCCAGCAUUCCAAUCUCAUCCUCCAUCCUUCGGCUUCCGAAAGACCUGCUUCCGCUGCCUUCGAUUCUCUCGACCCUCACAAUCAUCAUCAUCUUCAUCAUCAUGCUCCAACCACUUCCCUCCUCAAUAACCAUCUCAAUCAUCCCCAAUUCCCUAUCCCUUUCAGCCAUUCUAAUCAGUCAGGACUCGCGACUGAUCGGAUGCGCUCCUUGGAUAUCCUCGAUCAUCAUCAUCAUCAUCAUCAUCAUCCUCAUUCUCUGGCUGCUGCUGCUGCUGGAGAUCAAGCGACCUCUAACUUCAUCCCCCGGGAAUAUCCAGGAAGCUUCAAUCGGCGCGCCGAAGAUGAAGAACAAGAAGAGGAGGAUGAAGAAGGAGGUGGGAUGGGGAUGAUGGAAGGAGGCCGAGGCGGGAAGCCAGAGGCCGAAGCCGAGGAAAAAGAGUCGUCGAUCCCAAAAAACAAGUCGAUGAUCCCGGCGAUCUCGAUCCGCGGCGGCCUGCGGAUCCACCGGCCCAUCCAGCCCAUCGAAGGCCCCCCGCCUCCAGUGCUCCAUAAGACUAAGGGGCCCUGGCAUAAGGACGAGGACGCGGCAUUGCUCUAUUGGGUCAGUCAUCUCGGAACCGGAAAGUGGGUGGAUAUCGCUAAACGCGUCGGUAGUCGGUCCGGCAAACAGUGUAGGGAACGCUGGACUAAUCAACUCUCUCCUGAGAUUGAUCAUUCUGCGUUUCGACAUGAUGAAGAUAUGGUGAUCAUAACCAUGCAACAAAGCCUACAAGCCAACAGAUGGUGUGAGGUAGCCAAACAUCUUCCAGGCAGGCCGGAGAAUGCCAUCAAGAAUAGAUGGAAUUCGAGGGAUCUCCAACGCAAGCGGAACGAGCUUCUGAGUUCAUCGGUCGUCAAUCCGUUUGCAUUCAUGCUCGGAAGCGGCCAUCCUCACCCAUCGGCGACACCGGGCCGGAGUCCUGUAUCGACCCUGUACAACGGCCACCAUCUCAGUCUGGGUAGCCCGAUCAAACGCGCCCGCGGAGGAUCGGCCGAUCAUCUCCAGCCGAGCUCGAUCGACCAGCUCCAUCAUCGGCUCGGCUUGCCGUACCAAUCCCCUCGAAACAAUACCAACACUGCGCAUCAGCCCAAGAAACAUCGGCCAAUCAUCCAGCCCGGUUCGUCGGCAACCGGCCAUCAUCGAAACCUUAAUCUCCUCGACCUCUCCUCCUCUGCCUCCUCCGAUUCCUCCUCCUCCCCUACUGCUAAGCUACAGAGCCCAUUCAACAGCUGCCAUCCUGAGAACGAGAACCACCACCAGCAACAACAGCUCGUCACUCCGAAUAACCUCCUCGGCCAAGUCGUCCAACUCAACACUCUCAUCAAUAGUAGUAAUCCCAGUCAAGCUGCUGAAAACCAAGAAUGGAAUACUUACCGGCCUCCGACCGGUAACACCCCUCCUAGCACUUCCACCACCACCUCAUCUAAUCCUUCUUCUCGACUACUGCGUCAGUCUACCGGCAACCCUGCCGGUUGUUCUCAGCCGGCCUUAGCACAAUACUACUCGACGCCGAUCCACUCACCUACCUAUCUCUUACCGGACUGUUCGAGCGCCAACAGUCUUUCUUCUACGAGUGAUUCUUCUGGUGAUCCUCAUCAUCAUCCUCAUCCUCAUUAUCAUCGUGCCCAACACCAUCAACACCAACAAUCGCUGGCCUAUAAUGCUGCGUCGGGCUCGAACGAAGAUCAUCUGAAUCUGCUCACGCCCGUCCAUCAUCCUUCGUCUGGCCUCGGCGCACGAAUCCAUACAUUCCCUCAACAUCUCUUCCUCCCUCAUGGGCUCCCCGAUCCUCCUCAUCCUAAUGAUGAAGACGAUCAUCCUCCACCACCACCACCAUCAUCAUCUUCUUCUUCUCAUCUGAAAUCGUCGGGGCCGCAUCUGGACGAGAACAACAACAACACCAAUCCUCUGUUUUAUCCCAGUUAUCCGCACCAUCAUCUCAAGCCGCCAACCACCGCCGAGUUCUUCGACCCUCCUCCCAAUCUCCUUCAUCUCCCGUUCAAUCACUCCCCUCUCGACUUGAUCCAGCAUCAUCAUCCCCACCACCAUCAUCAUCUUCCUUUAUCAGAUCAUCAGCAUCAGCAAGAUCAUCCGUUCGACCAUUCUCUCUUCCUCUCAGACCAUCUGCUCCUGCCGCUCUCUCAUCCGUCUCGGGCCCACACAUUCGUUCCUCCGUCGAUUCUUGACCAUCAAUCUGGGCUCACAGCCGAUCGGCAGCGGCCUUCUUCUGGUGAUCCCGAUCUUCUGGAGAUGGAUCGGAGUGGGAGGGGUGGGGUGCAGCCGGGCGGUCUGGGUGGGGAGGUCGGAGCAGUUGGGAGGGAGGGGGAGAGGGAGGGGGAGGGGGAGGGGGAAGGGGAUGGGGAGGGGGAGGCGGAUGGGGAGGGGGAGUCGUGGGGUGAGGGCGAUCGCAAGGGCCGGCUCAAUCAGAAUCAGAAUCACAGUCAGAAUCAGAAUCAGAAUCAGAAUCAGAGUCAGAAUCAGAAUCAGGAUCAGAAUCAGAAUCAGAAUCAGAAUCAGAAUUGCAGUCAGAAUCGCAGUCAGAAUUGCAGUCAGAAUCAGAAUCAGAAUCAACAUCAUCAUCAACAGCAUCAUCAACAUCAUAGUCAUGAUCAGGAGAUCAAGUCAAGAGAGUGUUGA